CCGUGCGCUUCAGUCCCACUAUGGCGUCUCAUCAAAUCAGGAUGGGCUUUUUCUACCGCCUUCUGUACUGGAAUUUAUCUGUCGCCGACUGGUAUCUUACAUCUGGAUUUCUGUGCUGAAAGGCGUCAAAUGUAGGCGAAAUGAAGGACGAGAAAAGCACAGCGCGGUCGCUCCAGAGCGCCGACACGGAGCGGAGAAAUGCAGCCGAUGUGGAGGAUGGCCGGGCGGGCAGCGGAGCGCCGCUGAUCCCGGUGCUGCAUGAAGCACCGACAGCCCGAGCGGGAACGGGAAUACGCGUUUUAAAGCGUAACAUGAAGAGGAACGGCAGUCGAGGCUGUGUGACGCGGAAGACGCGCUUCGGCUCUCGAGAGCGAGACUGGUUGAAGGGCGAUGCUCAGCGAGGCUGCGUGUGUCUCUAUGGGGCCUCGGAGCCUCAGCCUCCAGCCUCGGGCCCCCAGACCUCCACCAGCACACAGCCGGACCUGAAGCUGGUGCUCUGCUCCACCAAAACCACCGCCGAGGAGCUGUGCGCUCAGAGAGAAGUGCAGGGCCUCUACCUGCAGCUGCAUGGAGACUUAAUCAGGGUUCGACAGUAA